AUGGAAAUCUUUAUGGUAUUUGUUCAAGAUAUCUUUGGUUACACUGCGACAUAAUUUAUGUUUUACAGACCAUAUGAACAUAAUAUUGAAGGCUCUUGCUAUGAUUUAGAAAUGCAAAUAGCCCACAAAUUAAAAAUAGAAUUAAGUAGUGUUAUUUUUAGUCUGAGUUCAGUGCCACCAUUACGAAAGUAUACUUUCAAUUUUAUUCGAAGUUUCGAGCACAAAUUAACCACAUAUCACUUUACAUUAGUGGUAGCCUCUAUUAAUUUCUAUGAUCUCUUCGGAUCAUAAUUAGAUGCCAAUCCAACAUAUUACACUUAUGUAGGAUCCUUAACUAUACCAGGUUGAAUUAUAAUCUAUUACCUUAGAUUGCUAUGAAAAGUGAAUUGGUAAUUCUAGUUGCUUUUAACACUUAUUUCUUAAGUUACUCAACUUUCGCUUCAAGAAAUGGAAAUAAUAGUGCUAUUCAGUCAGCAAAUGAUAGAACGAUUAAGAAAGGAGGAGUAGCAUGUGAAGCGUAAUGUGUCUUCUUUUUAUCCUUCUUUAUCCUUUAAAUGUUAGUAAUUAAAUUAUUUUCAAAUUGA